UUUUCGCAAGCCGGUUGAGAAAAAUCGCGUGACCCAAUGCGUCGGAAAUAGGCUCGAUGUUCUCCUGCGAGUGGAUACGGAGAGCUCGAGGGAAUGUUUUCGAUUAUUCGACGAUGGGAUCAGUCAGUUCUCGAUCAGCGAUCUUGAAAUUCUUUGGGGAGUUAGACGGUGAUCGGUGAACGCGAAACUUGAAGAGGAUCCAUCGCACGAAUGAUUAACGCAAUAUCUCUCACGGAAGAAGAUUUUAACUUCAAACAAGCUGUUAGAAAGCUUCACGAUUUUUUAACAUAAGAAAUCAAGGAAUUAUACAUUGUGGACCUGAACAUAGAAGUACAUUCUUGAAUUCUUACUUCUUUUAAACGCGGAUAAUGAUAAAGUGAAGAUGAGAUAUAGCGACAUGGUAACAAAAACAUAUGAGUGGUUUUAAAAAAAUGGAGAGAACAAUUAAUUCAAUUGUGUGAUGAGAAAGCAAAAAAGAUCACGGUAAUUCUAUGAAAACAGUGCGAGAAUGAUAGAGCAUAUCAAGGAUUAAAGGAGACGCGUCGGAAUGUUAAGGGCGUCACGGUUGUUCUGAACCAGGUCGAGUGAACGAAAGAAGAGUUUUAUCUUUUAUCUUUCUAGAGGAUCGUUGUCGGCAAUCAUGUUGUACGGGAUGAGUCUCGGGAGAUGCAUCAAUAUCUUCUACAUCGCAUAGACGAAUAUCAAGCCUGCACGGAAGAUGAUGGUCGUUUAAGAAUCUCAUUCAAUGUGCAACGAGUUUCUGAAGAUGUGUAGUUUGGUGUUAAAGUGUCGGUGAAAUCGAAGCAACUUCGCGUAUCUAUGAUUUCCUUUCCGUUCCUUCAUCGCACUUUGACUUACGGAAAAUCCGCACGAACGAUGUCAUAGUCGUCCAAGUGCGAAUUAUUUUCACGUUAGACACAAUGGCACUGUUGUUCGUCAUAAUCGUCGUUUCGAUCACCACUGCCAUGUCGCUUCCGCCGGUCAUUAGAAUCGGAGCGAUCUUCACCGAGGAUCAGAAGGAUAGUCCGUCGGAGUUGGCAUUCAAAUACGCCAUUUACAAAAUCAACAAGGAUAAGACUCUAUUGGCGAACACGACAUUGGUUUACGAUAUUCAAUAUGUGCCUAAGGACGAUUCGUUUCGCACGUCCAAGAAAGCCUGCAAGCAACUAUCCAGAUCGGUACAAGGCAUCUUCGGACCGUCUGACCCACUUUUAGGUGCUCAUAUACAAAGUAUAUGCGAAGCAUUGGACGUUCCUCACCUUGAAGCGAGAGUCGAUUUCGAGCCCACUUUCAAAGAGUUCAGCAUUAACUUAUAUCCCGCACAAGAUCAUCUUAACACAGCAUUCAAGGACCUUAUUUCCUUUCUAAAUUGGACUAGAGUGGCUAUUAUCUAUGAAGAAGAUUAUGGGCUGUUCAAACUGCAGGAUCUCGUAAAAUCCCCGCCAUCCGUGAGAACUGAAAUGUACAUUCGUCAGGCGGGCCCUGCAUCCUACAGGCAGGUCCUGCGGGAGGUCAGACACAAAGAGAUCUUCAAGUUGAUUGUUGACACAGAUCCGGCGCACAUGCAGCAAUUCUUCCGAGCGAUAUUGCAACUGCAAAUGAAUGACUACAGAUACCACUACAUGUUCACAACCUUUGAUAUAGAAACGUUUGAUCUAGAAGAUUUCAAAUAUAAUAGCGUGAACAUGACGGCCUUUCGUUUAGUGGAUCUCGAAGAGUCUAAAGUUGCUGAAAUACUCAAGCAAAUGGAACGUUUCCAACCAGCGAUUGGACAUGCCAUUCUGAACAAAACGGGAGUCAUUCAGGCAGAACCAGCUUUGGUGUACGAUAGCGUGCAGGUUUUCGCGCACGGUUUGGCAGCUCUCGACCGUAGUCACGAUUUAAGACCAGCAAAUCUGUCCUGUGAGAAAGAGGAACCAUGGGACGACGGUUUAUCACUCUACAACUAUAUUAAUGCCGCAGGCUUACAUGGAUUAACCGGACAUAUUGAAUUUAAUGAAGGAAAGAGAAACAAUUUCAAGUUGGAUCUCUUAAAACUAAAAAAAGAGGAGCUUGUUAAAGUCGGCGAGUGGAAAUCCGGGUCUGGUAUUAAUGUCACGGAUCUAGACGCCUUUUACGAGACCACGACGACCAACAUUACGCUCGUGGUGAUGACGAGAGAGGAAAGACCCUACGUCAUGGUAAAAGAAAAUAAGAAUUUGACUGGUAACGCGAGGUUCGAAGGCUUCUGCAUCGAUUUGCUCAAGUCGAUCGCCAACCAAGUCGGUUUCCAAUAUGCAAUCAAAUUGGUGCCCGAUCACAUGUAUGGAGUGUACGAUCCCGAGACGAAAGAGUGGAACGGAAUCGUGCGUGAACUAAUGGAUAAGAGAGCGGAUCUGGCAGUUGCUUCCAUGACGAUUAAUUAUGCUAGAGAAAGCGUAAUAGACUUCACAAAGCCGUUUAUGAAUCUCGGAAUUGGAAUUUUAUUUAAGGUGCCGUCCAGUCAGCCGACACGGCUUUUCUCCUUCAUGAAUCCGCUGGCGGUCGAGAUCUGGCUCUACGUGCUCGCCGCCUACAUGUUAGUGAGCUUCACCCUCUUCGUGAUGGCACGCUUCAGCCCGUACGAGUGGAACAAUCCGCAUCCGUGUGUGGCCGAGAGCGACGUGGUAGAGAACCAGUUUACCGUCAGCAACAGUUUCUGGUUCAUCACCGGUACCUUCCUCAGACAGGGCAGCGGGCUCAACCCUAAGGUAACCAAACGCACGCCACCGCGGCUCUUCUCGUUCAUGACUCCCCUCGCCAUGGAGAUCUGGUUGUUCUUGCUAGGCGCUUACGUGGUGGUGUCCUUAACGAUAUGGAUAGUGGCAAGAUUCUCGCCCUUCGAGUGGGUGGAGCCGUCUCCCUGUCCAAGCUGCAAAUGUCCUUUGCAGGGCAGUCACGUGAGCGCCUUGGAUCCGGACAGCGACGACAUUCCUCUACUGAGAACUGUCAACGAGUUCAGCCUGGCCAACAGUUUUUGGUUUACAGUCGGCACACUUAUGCAACAGGGCAGCGACCUCAACCCUAAGGCAACUAGUACGAGAAUAGUAGGCGGCAUUUGGUGGUUCUUCACGCUAAUCAUCAUCUCCUCUUAUACUGCAAAUCUGGCUGCUUUUCUAACGGUGGAGAGGAUGAUAACGCCGAUCGAGAAUGUCGCUGAUCUCGCGGAACAAACCGAGAUAUCUUAUGGCACUUUAGAGGGCGGAAGUACGAAGACGUUCUUCAGAGAUUCAAAAAUUGGGAUCUAUCAAAAGAUGUGGAGAUUUAUGGAAUCGAAGAGUCCAUCUGUGUUCGUUCAAACCUACGAAGAAGGAGUGAAGAGAGUUCUGGAAGGCGACUACGCAUUUUUAAUGGAGUCGACUAUGCUCGAUUACGCAGUUCAACGCGAUUGUAAUCUAACACAAAUAGGGGGAUUGUUAGAUAGCAAAGGAUAUGGAAUUGCUACUCCAAAAGGUUCGCCCUGGAGGGAUAAAAUAUCUCUAGUUAUACUGGAACUGCAGGAAAAAGGUGUAAUACAGAUCCUCUAUGAUAAAUGGUGGAAGAAUACGGGUGACGUAUGCAACAGAGAUGACAAGAAUAAAGAGAGCAAAGCUAAUGCCCUUGGAGUUGAAAAUAUUGGCGGUGUCUUCGUUGUACUGCUCUGCGGUUUGGCACUAGCGAUCCUGGUGGCAAUCCUCGAGUUCUGUUGGAACUCCAAAAAGAAUGCCCAAUCGGACAGGUCUCUCUGCGCCGAGAUGGCCUCGGAAUUGCGAUUUGCCGUCCGCUGCGGCUCCAGGCAGAGGCCCGCUGCGAAAUCGCGCAAUUCCGCGGCCGCCGGGCUAUGCGGCCGUUGCAGCCCGCGCUCUUCCAGGAGAAGGACGCGACUCUGCUCCUCCGAACACGAGGAGACGACCUACAUACCGAGCAUCGAGAUUCCGCGAUUAAAUGCAGGAGGGUGGUGCGUUGUCGAUGACGGAGAUGAAGAAAUCAUUGAGCUUCGAUCAAGUGUCCCAUGGCGGGAACACCUAGCACAGGCUUCGUCCUCAUCUUCGUCCUCAACAGCAGCAACAACAGCAGCAGCAAUCACAACAACAGCAACCGCCACCGUGCAAAGCUACCCCCACGCACACGCGUCACACGCACUGCCACUCACAUUCACAUCUUCACAGCCAUCACUCGCACAAACACCAAGCACCUCCGCCGAGACAGAGACGGGGCUCUUCGGGCAUCAUCUUGGGUCAAGGAGGUGACCACCCUGAGAAUAUUCUCUGGAGAUUCGACUGCGAUCUAGCGGGUGAACCAGACGUAGUAAUUUCUCCGCCGCCCCCGCCGCCACCGCCACCCUCGGCAACUGUCUCGAGAACCACGACCCUUUGACCAAUACUUGAAGAGGUGCCAACAGGUGUACCUGUCCAAAAGGAACUACCCACGCAGGCCUCCGUGGUCGUCAACAUUACAGAUCAGAAAGAGACGUGCUUAUAGCACAUAUAGUCGCCGGGGUGGGUUGGUAAACCGCAACGAGGGCCAUCCCGCUCCGACGACGACGGCAAAUCAUCGAUCGAGAGCAUGCAAACGAGAACCUGAGACUGAGGUCAAUUGAACGAGAAUGUCAUGAUUAGAAUUAGUAUUUCCUGCAAGAUGCGUUCUCCUAUUGUUUCAAUGGGACUAUGAUAAAUAGACGUGUGAUACAACUAGCUCGAUAUUUGAAGAUUGAGUAAAAUCAAGAUUAUAUGCUGGCACAUAUGAUCCUCCCUUGUAUGCCCGAUACCGAAGGUAUCGAGAAAAGCGAUGUUAAUGCAAGGAUGUGUAUCUAAUCGGGAUAAUGGAUGGAAACUACCUAGUUACUCAUGUGUAACUGUUUGUCUAGGCAGCAUCGAAUGAAUGGAUCCUGGAAACUAUCAAAUUUACCGGUCUAUAAAGACAACGGAAUGCUAUUCGCAAACAAUGCGUGUUCCUCAUGCGUCUGACCGACCAUAUAUUUGAUCAACAAAUUGAAGCCAAAA